GGAAUGUUUUCCUUCCUCUCCCACGUUCCUCUCCACCAGCAGCUGCUCUGUUCCUGCCACCUUCCCCUGGUGACCACAAUGCCCUCCCCAGGUCCCCCCUGUGCCCCAUGCCCCGUGUUUCCCAUCUGUAUCCUGACAUUGAACUUGGCUGAAAAAAUCUUUCUAACACAAUGGGAAGCAUUUGGAAGCAGGAAUUCUUUGCCGGGAUAGGACAUACAGAAGGAUCUCUCCUUGAUCUGUGUGUGGUGAGACUUUACACACAGGGGUUUUAUCCAUUAUAACCACACACAGAUGAUAAAAAGUUCCUAUAUAACAUGUAAACAUGAUUUUCCUAGAGUUUAUUUUCAUGUUUCAGACUCCUACUGGACGUACUACUAUGAUCCUGGAGGAUCAUUCAGAGGGGUCUCUGGUGGUCGUACUCACUGAGUGCUGUGAUAUUAAAGAGUCUUUGGGAAACAACAGCGGAACAGGUCACAGAGAGAGCCAGAGGGAUGGGAAUGGAGAGCUCCUGGUGAUCUGGGCACUUUCUCCUUCUUCUUGUUACUGACCUGGGAGGAGCUGAUUUAGGGCAUGGAUCCCAAAGGAGCAAGAGGUACCAGGAAGCACUGCUGAUCUGCACAGACCCCCUGUGCCUGCUGCUACCCCACAGUGAACAGGUCAGUGGAAUGUUUUCCUUCCUCCCUCCCCCACCUUCCUCUCCUCCAGCAGCUGCUCUGUUCCUGCCACCCUCUCCUGGUGACUGCAGUGCCCUCCCCAGCACCCCUCUGUGCCCUGUACUUCCCUUCCAUAUACCCUGCAGAACAUCCCAGCCCUGCAAUCUCACUCUCUCACUGCUGAAUUUCCACUGCCCUUCUUCCCUGUGCAUCUCACUCCUGUCCAUGGAAUCCUUCCCACUGCAGGGAGCUGCUCAGGAGCUGUGUCAUCCCUUCCUGGAUUCUCCAGCCACUGACUCCCAUCCACGCUGACCACAGCCAGCAACCACAUCCCACUGCCUGCCCAGUGUCCAUCCAUGGAGGUGACCACUGUGUCCCCAUCUCCUGCCUCACCCACUGAAGGGGACGAUCUCUGUGAGACAGAUGUCACCAAUGCGGCCAUACACAGUGUGACACUGCUCAUCUGCCUCUGUGGGCUGGCAGGGAAUGGCGCUGUCCUCUGGCUCUACAGCAUGGAAAGCCGUACCUAUGCCAUGUUUCACCUGGCUGUCACCGACUUACUUUUUCUUCUCUUCAUGGUCCCCUCUGCCCUCCUUUCCCUGGUGGAGGACGUGUCCUGCUCUACUAUUGUGCCUUUGACCUACUUGAGGUUCCUUUUCCAGCUGUCAGUGGUCUCCUACUACUGGGGGCUGUUCCGGCUGAUGCUCAGCAGCAGCGUGUUUGAUAUGUCCAAUCUCCUCCAGUUCUGCUACCGCCGAAAUCUUCCUGUGCGCCUGUUGUUGGUGGUGGACAGUGUCCAGGUCUGGGCCUUCUUUGCUCUCUUCACUGUCAUUCCCAUGGUGACUUCCCUGUGCCCGUCCCACGAGCAGGGGCAGUGCAGGGCAGCUCUCAUCUCCAUUUAUGCUGUCAUCCUGCUCCUCUUUGCUGCCCCCACGGUCAUUUUGAGCACAAUCAACAUCAUCAAGUCCAAGCGAGGCGCCAAGAAGCAGAAACCCAAGAGGCGACACAUCGUUGUCUUCAUCAUUGUGCUCUUCACUCUCCUCCUCUUCUUCUGCAACUUCCUGCAGCAGCUCGGAUAUUUCCCUGUGUCCUCCGAGAUUUUUUUCCUGCUCACCUGCACCUACAGCAGCAUCAAACCCUUCAUCUGCUUCCUGGCAGGGAGGUGCUGGAGUCCCUGCUCCAUAGGGUCUCUCCGGAUCUCCCUCCAGAGGGUCUUUGAGGAAAAGGAAGAAAAAACAGCCUGCAGUGAUGAUGCCAACACAGACACAGUGAUCUAAAUCUGUUGAUCCCUUCCACUGCCCUGCUGAAGGACCUUGACACAGGUUACCUUGAGUCACCUGAUAAAUAAAUAAAUAUGCACAGCAUCACCCUCCCUGUGCUGGUGUACUCCUGCAGGAAAAGGGAGCAGGGGCAUUGCCAGGGGCAAUGUGGGAGGGAUGCUUUGCCAUAGAGCACAUUGGAACAUGGCUUUCCUCCUCCCUGCUGUGCCCACAUGGCUCCAGGCAGUGCAGCUGGGCUCAGUGCUGUUCCCCAGCUCUGUUCCCCAUGGAAUGACCCUCAUUGCCUGGGCCCCAGGGAAUGAACUCCAUCUCUUUUGGCUACCCAGAUGAGUUUCAUGGUGUUUUGGAAGAUCUCUUGCCUGCAAAGAAUGUGUCACCUUAAGGCCUGGGGACACACCCAGCAGAGGCUGGUGGAAACUUCCCAAAUCCUUGUGGGGCUGGUGCCUCUAAAUGGCAGGAGAGGGUGCCUCCUUCCCCUUCUGUCCAGCAGAGCCAGCCCUGCAUUCCCAGCUGAUGGGAAGAAACACCAGGUAAGGCUGAAGAGCUGGGCAGGGACGGCAACAUUCCCUUAUACUUUCAGUGGAAAUUUGUCAUAUUCUUUUAUUAAAGAAUUAAAUCCUUCUGAGUAAAGUGCCAGGUCAAAGCUGACCUCCCCUGAACCCUUGUGCCUGUGACCAAAAAGAGCUUUCAACAUGCAAAUUCACAUCACCAGAUGUUUUAAUUGGACAUAAAUUAGGGGGUUAUGCUGCUGUUCUGCAGAAUGGGGCCAUUCUCUGAUUCCCCAGCAUCAGUGUCCAGGGAAGCCCUUGACCACCUCCAUCCUGAAUCUUGCCAUCCUCAGGAGAAGCUGAACAGAGACUCUGCACAACAGCUCCAGUCAAAAUCCAUCUUGUAUUGAUCUUUAUCAUUUUGUUCUUACCCCUACAUCAAAUUUGACUUUAUUUUUUUCUUUUGUUUAUUUCUAAUGUUGUAGCUCUGAACUCAGAAUUUAUUGAAUAAACCACAUUCGGGCUUGUCUGCAGAGCUUGUCCCUGGUGAA